GAAAGAAAUAUAUAUUUGGGAUUUAGAAGCAAAAAAUGAAAAAUUACAAAAGAAGAUAGAAGAGGAGAGAGAAGCAAAAAAAUUUAGAGAGCAGAUAUUAAGAGAUUGUAUAAAAGAUAAACAGAAGAAAUACAAUAUAUUGUAUUAG